AAUACUAUUUUAUUUUUAUAUAUAAAUAUAUUAAAUUCUGGUCAUUGCAACAUGCAGGAACCAGAGAAAGAACAUUAUUCCUUUAAAGUAGAAUGGAUUGAUUCCGAAACGGGCUUUAAACGCCAUUUUGUUCUUAAUUUUUUCCCCGCUGAUAACACUUUAGAAUUGUUUGAUAUAGAUGUCAAUAGAAUCUUUUUGAAAAGAAGUCUUGUCAAAGAUAUAACAGCUUCCGACUUCUACUUAAACAAUAAAAUUACAGUUUUUGGAAGAUUGAUGGUGAUUGUUGACUAUGCUGAUUUACAUACAAAAAACAAAUUAUGCAAAAAAUCUCAGAGAACAAUAGCAGUAAUCAAACCUUUUGGAAUGCAAUAUAUUGGUGGCAUCUUGAGACAUUUGCAUCAACGUGGAUUUACAAUAUUGAAAUGUAGAAUGAUAAAAUUAAGAAAGGAGCAAGCAGAAGCUAUUUAUAUUAAGGACCUCGAAGAAUCACAUUAUCCUUUGCUUAUUGAGAAUUUAAUACUUGGACCAGCGUUAGCUAUUUUACUAAUGGCUGAAGAUGCAAUUUGUGCUUUGAUGGAACUCAUGGGACCCACAGACCCUAAAGAAGCUUGUAAAAUUGCUCCCACAAGUCUCAGAGCUAUUUAUGGUGAAACCAUUCUGAAAAAUGCAAUUCAUGGAAGUUCUGAUGAAGCUGAGUUGGAAAUGAAUAUGAAAAUGUUCUUUCCAGAAAAAUAUACCCCUGAUUUGAAGUCAUGUUUUCUAUUGAAAAACUCAACGCUUUGUAUAAUUAAACCUCAUGCCAUAAAAGAAGGUUUACAUGGUGACAUUAUACAUGCUAUUAUGGAAUGUAAAUUUAAUAUAACGGGUAUGGAAAUGUUCAGUUUGGAUUUAGCAAACGCUGCAGAGUUUUUGGAAGUAUAUAAAGGAGUGGUUCCAGAUUUUUCAAAAAUGGUCACACAAUUAUCAUCUGGUCCUUGUAUAGCAAUGGAAAUUACAACUUCGGACUUUAAUGAAGAAACACCGCAACAAUUUAGGACUUUUGUAGGUCCUGCAGAUCCCGAUCUUGCUAGACAGCUUAGACCAAAUACAUUGCGUGCCAGAUUUGGCAGAACAAAAGUGGAAAAUGCAAUUCAUUGCACAGAUCUUCCGGAAGAUGGUCUUUUAGAAGUAGAGUACUUCUUCAAAAUUUUACAAUUUUGAGGAGUAUGUAAUAAAUUAAUCAAUUAUAAGCAAUAGAAUGUCAAAAAUAUUUUAUAGUUAAUGCAUGUUAAGUUUUAAAUUACAUAUACCGAAUUA